AGUUGUCGUGCUGGACUCGCUGUGUGUUGAACGCUCUGGUUUUCAUUUCGAAUGCGUGGGAUCGGCUCUGCAUAUCGACUUCACUCAAACUAAUCCACUAAUUGCCAUUUUCGGCCACUCAUUCGAUAAUUACUCCCCAUUAUUGCUGUUUGCGAUCAGUCUGCCCGGGAAUUCAGCCCCAGGAUGUGGUUGCUGCUGCUGUUGCUGGCCUUAGUUUCGCCCUCGUGGCAGGAAAACGCCACAGUGAUCACCAGUAGUUAUGUGACCAAGGCGGGAUGUGAGGCCCUGGUCAAGGAGCCGAAUCUCUGCGACUGCCAGGAUCAGGAGAUCAAGUGCGACAACCUCCAGUUGCACAGCGAUAAUGUGAAUUUGUACGGCAUCAGUUGCAGCAUCUUCGAUGCCAGAGGAUAUGGCUACAUUCCACCGCUCCAAGUGGGUAAUAUUGGCUCUCUAAUAGUUCAAAAUUGUGCUAUACCCAAUGCCCAGAGUAUCAAGUACCUGCUGAGUAAGCUGGGUGUAAACAACUACACCGAACUGGAGAUCUUCAACUAUUUUGACCCCAAGAAAACCGAUCGCGGCGAGGUUCUGCAGCAGCACUACACAGAUCACGAGGGUCUCAAGAAGGUGUCCAUCAUUGGUUUCAAAUCCACACUGCCGGAUAAUUUUUUGGAAAACCUUCCCGCUCUCAAGCAGCUCUCCCUGAAAGGAAGCAGUGACUUACCCGGCUCAAUUCUGCACAAUCUCAAGAACCUAACCCAUCUGGAAAUCGUGGUCAAAAACCUGGGCAAGGUGUCUGGUGAUAUAUUCGCCAAGCAGACCAAGCUGAAGCACCUGAUGAUCGAUUGCGAUGCCAAGAAUAGCAGUGUCGAGAUGUCUGCCUUUGGACCCCAGGAACUCUGGCACAUGACCGAUCUUCAGUCGGUUGAGAUCUUCAACUGUGGUGAUAAUGUGCCCACCGAGCUGUUCUGGAUGUCGGAACAGUUGGCCUACAUUGGAAUUAGGAGUAACAUCAGCUAUCUCAGCAAGGACUUCUUCAAGGUGCAGAAGAAACUGCUCACUUUGCGGUUGGAGAGGAACAACAUUGCCCGGCUGCCCGAUCAGCUUUUCAAGAACACUCCUUUGAUUUUGGAAAUACAUCUGGCCUACAACAACUUAGAUCGCAUUCAGAGUGGUCUCUUUGACAAGCUGAAGAACCUGCAGGUGCUGAACCUGGAGCACAAUCCCAUAACCACCAUCGCUCUGAAUGCCUUCACUCCCAUUCCAACGGCGCACAUCUACGUGGGCAAACUCUUCAAGGCGGCGAGAAACAAUGCCGACUGGGCCCGCUCCACGAAUGCCACUAUCUGCGAGGAGGAGUAUAUCUACGGGGUGUGCAUCUACUGCAAGCGAGAUGAGUAUCUGAACCACUUCGCCGACUCGGAGAACUGCAACAAGCCGAAUCCGAAGGCCAAGGAUGUGCUGGCCAAGAAGGCCUACGAGAACCAGCUGAAGGCCAUGCCCACCCACUCCUGGAUAAGGGCCAAGGAAUAUCCCGAGAAGGAAGAACAGCCCUAAGCCCUCAGCCCCAAAACGCUUCACUGCGAUUUUACGCAUCGGUACUAACUAGUUUAUGCAUUUAUGAAUUGUUUAUGUCUUCAACUAUAAUGAGAUUGAAAUAAACUGGAAGUAGAGUAAGCAAGGAGUACAGAGUUUAAUUUUCAUCAAAGCUCUAAGUGGAAAUAAUUACUUAUUGUAUCUCAAUUACACAAAAAGCAAUUCAUUCGGUUUUCCAAUUUUAAAGGAGUAAUAUCAUCUACAAAUACAGAUUGUAAAGUAAGUUUGUAGUAUCUUUAAAUACAUACUUUUAACAAGAUUUUUUAAAAAUAUAAAUACAAAUCUAUUAAUGUAGUUUCAAAUAUAAAUCUACUGUCAUUUUCUAGAAUAAGCAAGCAAUUAUAAUGAUUGAAAUUAACUUUGAAAUAAAUUCAACUUAAAGAUGUUCCCCAA